CGCGACGUGCUGCGCUGCUGCCGCGACCUGCCGGAGCUGUACGAGAGCGAGACGCUGCGCUGGGUGCUGGUGAAGGUGCGCGCGCGCAGCGAGCUGGCCGCGCCGCCGGACCUCGCCGACGAGCUGCGGCUGGCCGAGCGGAUGUGGCAGGGCGCCGGGCGGAGCGCCGAGUGGGGCGCCGAGUGGGGCGCCGGGCAGGGCGCCGGGCCGGGGGAGCGCGGCGCCGCGCUGCAGCUGGCCGUGCUCGCGCUGCGCCUGCGCCUCCGCUCCGCCGCUCUUUCGAAAGAAAAUAUACAAGCGAUGCUGUCGUUCGCAAGAGACAAAUGGGCGCCCGCUUUAGCAGAGAGGGAGUGCUACGAGUCGGAGGGGCGUCGGCCGGGAGACGCGGGAGACGCGGGAGACGCGGGAGACGCGGGAGACGCGGGAGACGCGGGAGACGCGCACGCGCUCGACGAGGCGCUGCUGUUUGCGGUCUCACAUUACGACCGCAUGUGGAGCUGCGCGCACGAGAUGUCUCAGAGGGAAGAUUUAAUUGGCGAAAUGUAUGAAGCCCUCCGCUUGUACCGGCGGGUGCGCAGCCGCGGCGCGCUCGGGGCCUCCCUGCUGGACGUGCUGCUGUGGCGGCUGCUGCAGCUGCGCCGCGCCGGCGGGGAGACCCGUCACGUGGCGGAUAAGUUGCAAGAAUUGUCGAUCGCGACGGAGGAGUACCAAGCGGAGGCGCUGCGGGAGUGCGGCGCGGGAGACGCGGGGGGCGAAGGGGGCGAAGGGGGCGAAGGGGGCGGCGCGGCGGCGCGCGAGAGGGGGCGGCAGCGCGCGGCGUGGCGCGCGCGCCUCGCGCUCGUGGCGCCGCCGCUGCACGCGCUGCACCACUACGUCGUGCGCCUGCUGCGCGCCGCCGCCGACCACGACGCGGCGGCGUGGGCGGGCGCGCUGCGGCUGCUGGACGACAAGAUGUUCAACGAGCACGCCGGCCCCGACUACCUCGUGCUGGCCAAGUACAGGGCGCGGCUGCGACCCUUCCAAUGUUUCGAAGUCGAUGAUCCUUCUGAGCGGCUGAAAGCAUUACGUGAUCUAGAGCGUGAAUUGCGACCUAGCGCUUUGGGGGAGGCGGGGGAGGGGGGCGCAGGAGCUCCCGCGCACCGCGCCCUCGCCCCCUACCUCGUGCGCGCGCUGUCGGCGGACUGCGCGCUGUUGCAGUUCCUGGAGCGGCGCCGCCGCCUCGACGCGCUCGUCGCGCGCCGCGCGCCGCGCCACGCGCUCGAAGUGACGGACGACCGCCACGGCGAACUGGAUAUAGAGGAGAAAUUGCGGCUAUUUAACGAGAUGUGUGAGCGUGUCCCGAUGCGUGCGUUACGUGGGGCGAUGGAGGCGGACAGCGUCAGCGUCGAAGAUUUUAUUAGUAAGCGACGAAAUUUCACCGAAUCCCUCGCGGCGAACGCGGUUCUCACGUACAUAAUAGGCGUAGGAGACCGGCACCCGCAGAACGUGCUGGUGAGCGAGGCCACGGGCGCGCUGGCGCACGUGGACUGGGCCAGCGCGCCGCACGCCGCGCCGCGCGCGCUCGAGCCCGCGCCCGCGCGCCUCACGCGCACCAUGCUCGCCUUCGCGGCACCGGGUGUGCGCCACUCGGUGCGGGCGUGGAGCGAGCGAGCGCGCGAGCACGCCGCUCCGUUAACAGCAAUCGCCCGCCUCACGCUUGGCCACCUGAACUUCGUAAACGAACGUAAGGUAUCUUUGAUUGAAGAUAUUCUGCACGGAAGGAUCGUUGCGCACGAGGUGGCAUGCGCACUCCUACAAGAAACUAUCGACACCGAUAGAAACUCAUACACAAAUGCGCAAAAACGCCAGAGAGCGCAGGCUCAAGUGAUACUCGAUGAGAUGCAGGAAUUAUUUGUUGAUUUUCCCAGCAAGGAACACUAUUCUGUUGAAGAGCAGGUUCAUAGCCUAUUGAGAGCUAGUACAUCACCGAGACUUUUGGCACUGACACGUCCUGCAUGGCAAGCCUGGAUGUAACAUACAUACACGUGAAAAGCGAGGAUCGUUUUUCUUCUAUCUUUUUUUUUUAAUAGAUUUAAUUAUGAAGAAA